CGUUGUGAAGCCCACACGCCACUAUACUGUCUUCCUUUCUGAAGAUUCCUCUGAUGAUGAGUUCCUGCAGGAGGAAGAUCCUGUGUCUGCCUUCUCUGAAAACUUUAUCUUCUCUGCUCCCUUUGAAUGGCCUCAGCAGUAUCGAACCUUGAAGGAAUCAAGUGAUGGUGAUGAAAUGAUCAGCCCAGAAAAGGAGGGUGACUCUUUCACUGAACAAGAACAACCAAAUAAGGAUAUAAAUCUUCUUGAGGAUAUUUUUAGUAAUAUAGAUCUACCAUCACAGCCACCACUUCUGAAUCAAGCCAAGAGUCUUGAAGAUCUUAGAACUCCCAAAGAGGACCAUGAAGACCAGUUCACAUUUGAUUAUCAGAGAAUGGAUUUUUCAAUCCCGGAGAGAAAUCGUUUGAUGCCAACAAUAAAGCACAGCCACCCUUACAACAAAUUGUGGGGCUUGGGGCAGGAUGAUAUGGCAAUUCCAAAUAAAUACAUUCAAACAUCACCAGAACGAUACCAGACCUUCCCCAGGAGUGACACAAACACCCCACAAAGGGAGUUACUCUCUAUAGAACAAGAUGCACCAUCUAGCAGCAACCAAAGCAGUAUCACUAUCCCACGACCACAAGGAAGAAAGACUCCAGAGCUGGGAAUAGUUCCACCUCCGCCAGCACCUAGACUCUCUAAACAGCAGAAUGCAUCAACAUCGACAGAACCAGGGAAACAGCUUGGGGAUAGUACUGGCUUCCCUCUUCAAACAGCAAUAGGACCUUUUGCAGAAGUGCUAGCAGCCGACAGCAACAGACAGGUUCCUGAUUCCAGUUCUGUUGACCUUCUGCAACCCGUUAAAGUUGCCACAGAUGUUUACUUAAAUGAUGAUAUUCUAAGUCUUUUGGAUCCUUUAAAAACAGGUCAAAGACAUAGCGAAGGCUUGUCAGCCGUAGCUGGGAAUAUCCAGAGCACCGAAGCAUCUCAUUCUUCCAGUACUCCAUGCUUUGCUCCAUUGCAAAGUGAUUUUGCUUCUACAGUUUUUCCUCACCAGCUGGGUUUCUCUACCCCACGACCCCCAUUUGUGCAUUCACCACUUAAUCCAUUUAUACAAGUAAUGCCACCUGACCAGUCAGUGUCUAUUAUAGGUAUCGCAGCACGGCCAUUCACUCCUCCGGUUGUUUCCAACCCUCUUUUUACCAGAAGUGUGUUUUAUCACAGUCAACGACGUCCUGUUCCGGGUUUUUCACGAAGUAGUCUUUUAAGUCAAGUACCCUCAAGUUCACCAGCCAAUCCAAUAAUGCAUCAGAGUCACGCAACCUUAGAACCAACUCAAAAUGUUCCAUCUGUUAUCAGUGGUCCUGGAGGACAAAGAACUUUUCAUAUGACUCAACCCCAGGAUGGCAAGCCCAGGGAAUAUCCAGUCAUCCCUCCCAGACCUUCUAAAUUAUCAGACCCAGUCCUACUCCCCUCCAAACCAGGUCAGCCCAAUGAUCCUUUUGAAGAGCUGCUCAGUAAAACCAAACAAGCAGUAACACCAACACCUGGUAAAGUAGAACAGCUUCGAAAGCGGUGGGAGACAUUUGAGUGAGAUUCAGGUUCAUAAACUUUUGCUGCAAAGCAAAUGACACAGUUGUAAAGAAUGUUUGUUAGCUCUAAUGAAAGUGUUUGCUGAUAGAUUUCAGGCUUAAAUAUUUUCAA